UUUUAUCCGCACUACUGUGUUCCACCGUAGGAAAUAAUAUAUUGUUACACCCACAGAAGACAACUUUUAAAAAAUGUACCGAAGAUAAUAAAUUCUGGUUAAACUAUUGUCCUCUAGUACAGGCUGUCACUCGGAGAGCAAUGGGGGUACACGGGCUGUGGAAGCUGCUUGAGACCACCGGGAAGCCCGUCAACCCCGAGACGCUCGAGGGCAAGAUCCUGGCUGUCGACAUCAGUAUCUGGUUGAACCAGGCAGUGAAGGGUGUGAGAGACAGGGAGGGUAACAGUGUCCAGAAUGCCCACCUGAUCACCCUGUUCCAUCGUCUUUGUAAAUUGCUCUAUUUCCGCAUCAGACCUGUCUUCGUGUUCGAUGGAGACGCACCUCUGAUCAAGAAACAGACCCUGGCCAUCAGAAGACAGAGAAAGGAGAAGACUAUGGAGUCCAAGCAGACCAAUGACAAACUCCUCAAGAUCUUCCUGAAGAGACAAGCCAUCAAAGCUGCUCUGGGAGAGAGGAGUCAGGAUCAUCUGCCCAGCCUGUCUGCUGUGAGGAGAGAGGAGGACAUGUUCAUGCUGCCUGCCCUGCCAGCCCAGGAGGAGGAGAGAGAGAGGAGCAGCUCAGAGGAGGAGGAGGAGCAGGUGGAGGAGGACAGCCGUCACAUCUACCAGGGGGAUUUCUAUGAAGACUCUAACUCUGUGGACAUCAACUCUGAGGAGUUUUCUGCCAUGCCUCCUGAGGUGAAACAUGAGAUCCUUAAAGACAUGAAGGAAUUCAGCAAGAGACGACGCACCAUGUACCACACCCCCCCUGAGCGGUCAGGGGACUUCUCCCAGUACCAGCUAGCAGGGCUGCUGCAGAGGAACAAGCUGAACGUGCGUCUGGAGGGGGUGGAGAGAGAGAUGUCCAACCGUAGUGCUGGGAACGCCCCGGGGGUGGAGCUAUGCAACCAGGGGGAGGGGCACAGCGUGGAGACACGACGCCUCCUCUCAGAAGACUCCACCCACUACAUCCUCAUCAAAGGUCCGAAGAAGACCGACAACAGUGAGAGGGUGCCAGACAUCCAGCCUGCGGCCUCUCCCUGGUUGGGUGGUCCCCUAUCAGGGAGGGUUAGGACGGGGGGAGGGGAGAGACCUGAGCCCCUUUGGAGACCCAUCUCGGAGGAGGAGAGCCUGGAGGAGGGACCCUCAUCAUCGUCUAAACAUCCCCAGGACCCGAACCCGAGCCUGGGGGAUACAGCACCCAUCUCCCCCCGGACACUGAAGGCCAUCCAGGCUGCCAUGGAUAGCAGCUUCUCAGACGAGGAGGAGAAGGAUAGCUCCUGGGGUAGAGGAGGGAGUAGGGCUGAGGAGGAGGGGGGUGGCAGUGUGUCUCCUCGUACCCUCCUGGCCAUUCAGCGAGCCACGGGAGAAGAGUUGGACGUAGGCCCGUCCCCAAACGCCACUACGAUUGGCAGUUCUCCUGUUAAGCCCCACCCUCCCAGUCCCCAGCGUCCUGCCAACCGAUUGUUCGUCAUCAGCAGCUCUGAGGAGGAGACUGAAGGGAAGGACACGCCCCUGAGGACAACUCUGACCAAUGAGGACAGGCUUGGGGUGGAGAAGGGGGAUGAGCAACAGUCGCCUCUCCCCCUUCGCCUCCCCAUUCCUCCUGCGGACAGGGUGCUCCUCAGCAUGGAGGAGGAAACCGUCACCAGGAGGAGCAGGGAGGAGGUGGAGGAGAUUCUGAGAAGGAACAGAGAGGAGUUGGAGCAAGCCAUCGACAACAGGAACAGAGAGGAGUUGGAGCAAGCCAUCGACAACAGGAACAGAGAGGAGUUGGAGCAAGCCAUCGACAACAGGAACAGAGAGGAGUUGGAGCAAGCCAUCGACAACAGGAACAGAGAGGAGUUGGAGCAAGCCAUCGACAACAGGAACAGAGAGGAGUUGGAGCAAGCCAUCGACAACAGGAACAGAGAGGAGUUGGAGCAAGCCAUCGACAACAGGAACAGAGAGGAGUUGGAGCAAGCCAUCGACAACAGGAACAGAGAGGAGUUGGAGCAAGCCAUUGACAACAGGAACAGAGAGGAGUUGGAGCAAGCCAUCGACAACAGGAACAGAGAGGAGUUGGAGCAAGCCAUCGACAACAGGAACAGAGCUUUCCACUCUGCAGUGGGUCAGGGGGACAGUUUGGGUCAGGCUCUCGGUCUUAUUCCCCCAUCAGGCCUUGGUCUAAACAGAGAGGAGGAGACUGGGAGGAGCAGCCUAGUGACUGGGCCUUUACCUCCAUCGCAGGAGGAGAGGAACACCAGGGAGGAGAGGAAUGGACAGAACACUGGGGAGGAGAGGAAUGGACAGAUUGUGAAGAUGGAGGACGGCAAGGAGCACAGUGAGCAGGACAGUGAUUCAGAGAGCUUCGUUGACGUGUCUGAGGGGGAGGAGCUAAAGGAGGAGGAGACGGAUGAUUCGCUGAUAGAGGUUGGGGGCGGUACUCCAGCUAAGGCACAGGAAGACGUGGCCAAGAAGGAGGAAGAGGAGGAGGCUUUAAGUAGCAGAGCUAUCCCUUUGGAAGAGAGGGAGGAGGAGCCCCAGCCUCCCACAGAGCCCAGCCCAGCUCCUCCUGCCCCAGCGUCUGUUCCUCUACCCAACGAGUGGGAAGACAUCAACGUGGAUGAGCUGGUGGCGCUAGAGAGCAGUCUUGGAGAGCAGCAGUCCAGGCUGAGGGAACAGAAGCAGCAGCAGGAGCGCGUCGCUGCCACGGUUACCGGACAGAUGUGUCUGGAGAGCCAGGAGCUGCUGAGGUUGUUUGGCGUACCCUUCCUGGUGGCUCCCGGUGAGGCCGAGGCCCAGUGUGCAGCCCUGGACCGGACCGACCAGACCCAUGGAACAAUCACCGAUGACAGCGACGUCUGGCUGUUCGGAGGACGACACGUCUACAAGAACUUCUUCAGCCAGAACAAAUACCUAGAAUACUACCAGUACGUAGACCUACAGAACCAACUGGGCGUGGACCGUACCAAGCUGAUUAACCUGGCCUACCUGCUGGGUAGUGACUAUACGGAGGGAGUCCCGGGGGUGGGCUUUGUGACGGGCAUGGAGAUACUCAACGAGUUCCCUGGACCUGGCACGGAACCAGUCAGCAUGUUCAGUGAGUGGUGGUCCUUGGCCCAGCAGCAGCAACGUCUGACCUCUGACCCCCGUGACUCCAAGGUCAAGAGGAAACUGAGAGGGCUUCGGCUGCGGCCGGGCUUCCCCAACCCUGCCGUGGCAACUGCCUACCUGCAGCCCAGCGUCGACCUAUCAGAAAGCUCCUUUAGCUGGGGCCGCCCACACCUCGACCUCCUCAAGGAAUUCUGUGAGAGUCGUUUUGGUUGGAACAGCAGGAAGACAGAAGAGACUCUACAUCCUGUUAUCAAACAGCUCAACACACAACAGACCCAGCUGCGUAUCGACUCGUUCUUCCGUCUGGAGCAGCAGGAGAGACAGGCCAUCAAGAGCCAGCGCCUCCGCCGGGCCGUUACCUGUAUAAAGAGGAAAGAGAGGGAGGACGGAGGGAGGGAG